AUGGGCGGCCCGGUACUAGGAGUGGGGCCCGGCGUGCUGGCGCUGGCGGUGCUCUGGGCCGCGGCGCUGCUGCUCUGCCUCGCGCUGGCCCGCGCGCCCGGCCCGGCCCGGCUCGCCGUGGUGCUGGUGCCGCUGGGCGCCGCGCUGCUCAGCGCCGCGCUGCUGCUCUUCCCGCGGGAGGGCGAGCGCCCGGCGCCGCCCGGCGCCGCCCAGAUCGUGGACACCUUCUUCAUCGGCCGCUACGUCCUCCUUGCCAUCCUCAUUCUGGUCUUUCUCGGAAGCCUCUUCCUGAUCCUGGUUUACCACAUCGCCGAGCCGGUGUACGCCAAACCACUCCGUCCCAGCUAGCAGCAUUGCCAGGGAGCAGCUGCCACGCGCCGGCACGGGCACUGCGUCGCCAGGUGGCAUCCGAAGAGGUCUUCGCAUCGCUCUCCUGACACUCUGGGGAAUUCGUAGCCAUUUCCAGAAGCUGGAGUUGGGUGAGGCAGCGCGUGCGCGCUUGAGAUCAGGUAAUCAUUCAGAAAUGCUGGUGCCUCUCACAGAAUUGCGGCUGCGUCCUCGCAGAGAUGACCUUGCUGGUGCCACCCAUCAUGGAUUUGUACUGUUUAUUCGUAUGAGCGCUCCUGCAACAUCCUCAGUAGGAAUUUGCUUUCUUUUGUACCUCUAUUUUCAACAUAUACAUUCUGUAAAGAGAUGGGAAUCUGUCACAGGGAUGGAAGGAUAUCAGAUAGAGCCAAACAGCUGUAGAAUAGAAGUGGGAUGAGAAACUUUUCCAGCAUGAGAUUUCAGUAGUUCCAGGUGGCGACCAGCUGCGGAGAGCUACACAGAAUGGUCUUCUAAAUUUUUCUCUGUUUUUAGCUAAAAUGGGGAAAUGCCAAAGAUAAGAAGGGAACUGAAAUCAAAGAUCCAGCCAUGUCUGUUUGAACGCCUGGUGUUCGAAGUUUCAGUUGGUUUUCAUUGAUGUUCUCUCUGCUCCUUCCGACCUUUUAAUAAUUUUAAGCAACCGAGGGAUUUUUUUUCCCCCCUUUUGGUAGCAGAGUAAAUCCUCGAGAGGAGGAAAUGCCACAUUCAUGGCAAUAAAACAGGAAGGCAAACAGGAGCUUCUCCUAAAGCUGAAUGCUUCUGGUUUUCAGAGCUUAGAAAGAGCCAGUGAGGCAAGCAAAGUGUGGUGCUCUGCAUGCUGCCAAGGUCUUUUUAACCUCUCUUUUUCUGGGCACAGGAGAAAUAAAAUCCAUGGACUUCUUUGUACUACACUUGAUUUAAUGAGCUGUACUGAGCGGAUCCACAAGGAUUGGUUUGUUAUCCCUCCUUUUUCAUGUAAGCUUAAGACUAAUAAAGCUCGCUAAGAAA